GACUGGCCAGAGCAAAGCGAAAGAGAAGCUGCUAGCCAGGCCAAGAUGAAAACGCUGCUUAUACUACUGCUGGUCCUCCUGGACCUGGGACAAUCCCUCGGAGCUUUUCACAGGGUGCCCCUCAGGAGGCGUCAGUCGCUCCGGAAGAAGCUGCGGGCCCAGGGCCAGCUCUCAGACUUCUGGAAGUCUCAGAACAUUGACAUGGUUCAGUUCACUGAGUCCUGCACCAUGGGCCAGAGUACCAACGAGCCCCUCAUCAACUACCUGGAUAUGGAGUACUUCGGCACUAUCUCCAUCGGCUCCCCGCCGCAGAACUUCACCGUCAUCUUCGACACUGGCUCCUCCAAUCUCUGGGUCCCCUCUGUGUAUUGCACCAGCCAGGCCUGCAAGACCCACCCCGUGUUCCACCCUUCUCAGUCCGACACGUACAGCGAGGUGGGGACGUCUUUCUCCAUUCAGUAUGGGACUGGGAGCUUGACCGGGAUCAUCGGGCAGGACCAAGUCUCUGUGGAAGGGUUGACUGUCGCUGGCCAGCAGUUUGGAGAAAGUGUCAAAGAGCCUGGCCAGACCUUUGUGAAUGCAGAAUUUGAUGGAAUUCUGGGCCUGGGGUAUCCCUCAUUGGCUGCUGGAGGGGUGACCCCAGUGUUCGACAACAUGAUGGCCCAGAACCUUCUGGAAUUUCCUGUGUUUUCUGUCUACAUGAGCAGAGACCCAGAAGGUGGAUCAGGCAGCGAGCUGACUUUUGGAGGCUAUGACCCCUCUCAUUUCUCUGGAAGCCUCAACUGGGUCCCUGUCACCAAGCAAGGUUACUGGCAGAUUGCACUGGAUGGAAUCCAGGUGGGAGACACCCUGAUGUUCUGCGCCGAGGGCUGCCAGGCCAUAGUGGACACAGGGACCUCCCUCAUCACGGGGCCCCCUCACAAGAUCAAGCAGCUGCAAGAGGCUAUCGGGGCCACACCCAUGGAUGGAGAAUAUGCUGUGGAUUGUGACAGCCUCAGCAACCUGCCGAAUAUCGCCUUCCUCAUUAAUGGGAUCGCUUACACUCUCAGCCCAGCUGACUACACCCUGCAGGACUAUGUGGACGGGAUGCAGUUCUGUGGCAGUGGCUUUCAAGGACUUGACAUUGCACCUCCGUCUGGUCCCCUCUGGAUCCUGGGAGAUGUAUUCAUUCGACAGUUCUACUCAGUCUUUGAUCGUGGAAAUAACCAAGUAGGACUAGCCCCAGCAGUCCCUUAAGUUCCCAUUCAGGAGACUGAGGCAGAAGGAGGGCAAGCUCAAUGUUACACAGCAAUACUCUGUCUACCACCACCCUCUUCCUCUCACCCCCCCAAAAAAAGAAGAAAAAGAAAAGGAGGAAGAAGAGAAGGAAAAAGAAGGCGGCUCCCUGUCGGUGCAGACACUUCAUCCCACUAGCAUCUAUCUGCCGGCUGUUUAUUCUGUC